AUGGGGGAGCCGGGUAGAGAGGAGUAUAAAAUCCAGUGUUUUGAUGAAGAGACCCAGCAGCUGCUGAAGACAGCUCUCAAAGAUCCAGGUGCCGUGGACUUGGAGAAAGUGGCCAAUGUGAUUGUGGACCAUUCUCUGCAGGACAGUGUGUUCAGCAAGGAAGCAGGACGCAUGUGCUACGCCAUCAUUCAGGCAGAGAGCAAGCAAGCGGGCCAGAGUGUCUUCCGCCGUGGACUCCUCAACCGGCUGCAGCAGGAGUACCAGACUCGGGAGCAGCUUCGUGCCCGCUCCCUGCAGGGCUGGGUCUGCUACGUCACCUUUAUCUGCAACAUCUUUGACUACCUGAGGGUGAACAACAUGCCCAUGAUGGCCCUGGUGAACCCCGUAUACGACUGCCUCUUCCGGCUGGCCCAGCCCGACAGCCUGAGCAAGGAGGAGGAGGUGGACUGCCUGGUGCUGCAGCUGCAUCGGGUCGGGGAGCAGCUGGAGAAGAUGAACGGGCAGCGCAUGGAUGAGCUCUUUGUCCUGAUCCGGGAUGGCUUCCUGCUCCCAGCUGGCCUCAGCUCCCUGGCCCAGCUGCUGCUGCUGGAGAUCAUCGAGUUCCGGGCAGCCGGCUGGAAGACCACCCCGGCCGCCCACAAAUAUUACUACAGCGAGCUCUCUGACUAG